AUGUCAGCCAAAAGAUCACAUAUAUUAAAAACAAAAUUAGAAAGCAAACCAUUUUCUGGGUUAAAAAAAUAUUGUGAAACCAGAUGGGUUGAAAGACAUGAAGCUCUUUCAAUAUUUGUCGAUGGUUUUUUAGAAAUUGUUUUAGCACUGGAGGAUCUCAUGACUUCAGAAAAUGACAAAAGUGCUAUUUUAUUACACAAUUCAUUAUGCAAUUUCCAAUUUUUGAUUACAUGUUCUAUAAUGGAGAGAGUACUUGGUAUAACAUACACAAUUUCCAAAUAUUUGCAGACAGAAAAUAUAGAUAUUAUAACCGCUACAAAUUCAAUAGAAACAACAACUACAAAAUUACAUCGUUUAAGAAAUGAAGAAGAGUUUCAAAAAAUCUUUGAUAGUGCUAUCGAAAUUGCUGAAAAGGUUGGCGUGUCUCCAAUCAUCCCACGGACAGUAGGAACUCAAGAACACCGAGCCAACUAUAUUGUAAAUGAUGGCGAUUGUUGCACAUAUUAUAGGGUAUCAAUUUUCUAUCCAUAUUUAGAUGAUUUGCUCUCAUCUUUUAAUGAAAGAUUUAAUUCAAAUUCAAGUUUAAUAUCUUCACUUUCUUGUUUGUUACCGUCUAAAGUAAAAAAAGCACAUUUGACGAUUUACAAAUGGCUUUAG